AUGAAGGGACUUGUUGGUGGUAUUCCUCUGGCUCUGCUGGUUGCAGCCCUCCAGGCCCAGGCCAUGGAGCAAGGCACUGGCCAUGUUGAUGCUGCUCUGCCCUACAAAGCUAAAGCCGGUGGCACUGCGAUUGGAGGUCCUUCAGGCCAUGACUUGGAUUCAACCUUUGGCCCGCUCAGCAAAACUGUAAACACGAAUACCAACGGUUAUGAAAAGACGACAGACGACCACUCCAUCAAGAUCAGUGACAAGACCAGCCCUGCGACGUACGGUGUUGCUCUUGGUCCUGGCGCCGGCCCAUUUCCUAAGCUCCCACCUGGCGGUGCUGCUGGAGCUGGUCCUUUCCACAAGCGCGACUGGCCUCGCGGUGGCACUGCCAUUGGAGGCCCAUCUGGUGAUGAUGAAGGCCAGAGCUUCAACUUGCCCAUCACCGGUGUCUUUAACACUGAGGUGACUGAGAUCAACAAGGACGAUCACUCUAUUAAGGUCAAGGACAAGAACAUUAACGCUCCUGUGGUCAUUAGCCACCCUGGCCCGGAGUUCGUCCAUGGACCUGAGACUGGUUAUCGCACAGCCUCUGGCGACGACGCUAAACCUGAACACUUCCACGUCCCUGCCACUGAGUACGGCAAACGUUGGGACGAAUUUGGUGGAACCGCCAUCGGUGGACCCAGUGGUGGUGAUGGCGACAACUUUGAUGAAGGCCAUGGUGAUGCUUCCCCGCCCCCAUAUGUCGGCGGAGGAACUGCUCUUGGCGGUCCUUCCGGCGAUGAUGAAGGCAUUAGCUUUGGCGCCCCGGUGAACGUUGGCAUCAACACCAAGGUUAAGGAGUACAGCAAGGACGAUCACUCCAUCAAUCUGAAGCAUGAGGAUAUUUGGUACAAGCGUGACUGGGACCCAAGGGACGGAACCCCCUUCGGCGGCCCUAACGGCCUUGACGAGUUCGGCGACGCCGCCCCAUAUGAAUCUGAGGGCGGUGCCCCCAGCCGUGAUGAAAGCCACCCUGGAAACCAUCCAGACGUCGUCGGCGGCACUGCCAUCGGCGGUCCUUCAGGAAAUGAUGGCGGCCAGAGUUUCAACAUGCCCAUCUCUAUUGAGACCAACACUGAUAUCAAGGAGAAGUACCAGGACGACCACUCCAUUGAUAUCAAGCACGAGGAAGUCUAUGCACCACCACACUUCGGUGGCGGCCCCGGCCCCUACGUUCCCGAGGGUGGUAUCUUGCCAUUCGACCGUCGAGCAGUCAGAAACCCAGCCCCUACUGCUGACCGUGUCGCUGAAGGUCCCGGUGGUGGUGGUGGUGGUACCGCUGAGGGUGGCCCUUCCGGUGAUGACGAUGGAAUCGAUUUCAACGACCCCGAGAACCUUGGUAUCAGCACAGAUGUCGACGAGAAACACCAAGACAAUCAUGCCAUCAAGAUUGAUGAUACUGAUAUUCACGCCCCUCAACCGGUAUAUGCAGAAGUUCCUGAGAUGCCAUGGAUGUCGUAUCCUUCUCAGCCUAAGCAGCCACAGCCAGAGGCUCCUAAACCUCAUGCUCAUAUCACUCCUAAGCCUCCUGUUGCUGAGCCAGCUCCUCCUGCUCCGGCUCCUGAGGAACCAGAGACACCGAAGGAAGCGUGGAGUGCUCCUCCGGCACCACCAGCGCCUGCUGUUGCCCCUCCAUCAGAAGCUCCCCAGGAGUCAAAAGAAGAGUGGACUGCUCCUCCAGCACCUGCUGCUGCCCCUCCGUCAGAGGCUCCCCAGGAGCCAAAAGAAGCAUGGAGUGCCCCUCCAGCUCCAGUCGUUGAGGAGGCACAUGUUACCCCCGAGCCUCAAACUCCCCCUUGUACAACAAGGACUGAGGAGAUUCUGCUCACUGUGACCAGGACUGCACACAAGCAGGUCCACCCGACUGAGACUGUAUAUGCAGAGCUUGUUCCCUCUCAUGCCGUCGAGACCGCCCCGUCUGUCGCUGUGCCCGUGGCUAAUGAACCCGCUGCGAAGGUCGUGGAGUCUACCGCCGCUGUACCUCCCCCGGCCGCAGCCCCAACGCCAUUCGACGAGUCCCCUGGGUCUUCUUCCAGCUGGUCUCCUGCCUCCGCCCCAACCGACGCUUGGUCUUCUCCUCCCGCUCCAACUGAUUCCUGGUCUUCUGCUCCCACUCCCACAGAAACUCCUUUCCAAGCACCAAAGGAAGAAUGGAGCGCCACUCCAACGGGUUCUUGGUCUUCUGCUCCCACUUCAACUGAUGCUUGGUCUUCUCCUCCCGCCCCAACUGAUUCCUGGUCUUCUGCUCCCGCUCCCACAGAAACUCCUUUCCAAGCACCAAAGGAAGAAUGGAGCGCCACUCCAACCGGUUCUUGGUCUUCUACUCCCACUUCGGCUAAUGCUUGGUCUUCUGCUCCUACUCCUACAGAAACCGCCUUCCAAGCGCCAAAGGAAGAAUGGAGUGCCACCCCAACCGGUUCUUGGUCCUCUACUCCCACCCCAACCGAUUCUUGGUCUUCUAAUCCCACUUCAGCUGAUGCUUGGUCUUCUGCACCCACUCCAGCCGAUUCUUGGUCCUCUACGUCCACUCCAACUGAAGCUUGGUCUUCUGCUCCUACUCCUACAGAAACCGCCUUCCAAGCGCCAAAGGAAGAAUGGAGUGCCACCCCAACCGGUUCUUGGUCCUCUACUCCAACCCCAGCCGACUCUUGGUCCUCUACUCCCGCUCCAACUGAUGCUUGGACUUCUCCCGCUGCUUCAUCCCCCAUUCCUACUCCUGAAACCCCUAGCUCUGAAUCUGAGGCCCCAUUGAGCCCCAGCGCCGCAUGGUCCAUGGUUCCCGUCAAUGUCCCCACUAGCUCCAUGGUUUCCAUGGUCAUGGCAACUCCAUCCGCAAGCAUGGCCGCCAUGGUUCCUAACGGUGUUUCACCCGACCCAAGUUCGUUCGCCGGGCCCUCACCCUCCUCCAUCGCUGUGUUCAAGGGUGCGGCUACUCAUGUCACUGGUGGAAUUGUCUCAGUUGCUGCGGCAGUUGUCGGUGUUCUUGCUUUCAUCCUGUAA